UCGAUCCUUUAAUUAAACUUAUAUAUUAGUUAAUACGAUGGAAAUCGAAGAACCAUAUACAGUCUCUUUUAGAGAUCCUGAAUGGUUACUUUCGCAUCCUGAAGGAUUAACUUUGGAAAAUGUGUUGGAUUAUUUUGCAGAAUCUCCAUUUUGGGAUUCUCAAAGCAACAAUGAAGUUCUUAAAAUGCAAACUAAAUUUAAUUUUUUACCCGAUCACAAGCCUCUGGACAUAACGAAGAUGACAGGUAUCGAAUUCUACGUUGUGCAAGCAGAUCCUCCAUUUUUCUUUAUAGUUCAAAAACGGAAAAGAAUAAGCGAAUAUGAAGCAAGACCUCUUGCAUCAUAUUAUAUAAUUCGAGGAAUCGUAUAUCAAGCACCGGAUUUAUAUACAAUAAUUGGAAGUCGAAUUUAUACUAGUUUAUAUCAUCUUCACAAUGUAUUCAAUAAUAUUCGCGAACACGUAAAUUUUCAUCCUGCAACUGGUUAUACUUGGAAAAGUGAUAAAGAUGAUAGUCAUGCAAUUUUAGGAAAUUCAAGAAAUUUGACUGAAUUUCAUCAAGCAGCAGAUGUAGCGUAUUAUUCUGUUACACGCAAAUUGUAUGAAGAACGAGAAAGAGCUAUUAAAAAUGUUGAGGAAGAUAAUGAACGAGAACGAGAACGAAUUCAUGAAGCUUUAUUACUUAAACAACAAGCAGAAAAAGCAACUGAAAGACCACAGGAAAAAGACCAAACUACAAAAAAGAAAGAUAAACGGAAGAGAACAAAAAAAACAGAUGAAUCAAAGACUGAAAUUAAAAAGAAAAAAAAAAAACACGAAAAGAAAACUCAUAAGUUGUCAGAUAGUAAUACUUCGGCAAAGAAUAUUUUAUUACAAAAGAGUGGUGAUGAUUCAGUUAUGGAUUUUUAAUUGAUUAUACAGUAUAUUAUUAUAAUCUUACGUGAAAUUAUCAAAAUUAUCAACCAAUAAAAGAAUUGCACGUAAUUAAUCACAUGUAUUACAUAGCGAAAAAAUGCAUAUAUAUAUAUCUGAUAUAUUAUUUAUUUAUUUAUUGAA